GUCGGUAAUGCACCUGAAGUUGUUUGCCAACCGCCGUUAAACAACAGAAGAAGAAGAGGAGGAGGAAGCAGCAGCAGCAGCAGCAGCGAUACGAAGACCACUACACGUUAUCAUCAACGAAAAUGGCGCUCAAGUCAGGAGACGAGCGUCUGAAAGAGAUGGAGGCGGAGAUGGCUCUUUUUGAGCAGGAGGUUCUUGGUGGAACUAUCAGGAUCCCACCUCUUAUGGAGGCAGUACCCGUAGCGCUGACUGUCCCAGCAGUUCCAGUAGUGCGACCCAUUAUAGGUACUAACACCUACAGACAGGUCCAGCAGACAUUAGAAGCCAGAGCUGCUAGUUUUGUUGGGCCUCCACCACCAGCCUUUGUGGGACCAGUGCCUCCAAUACGUCCACCCCCCCCUCCCAUGUUGAGGCCAGCCUUUGUCCCUCAUAUCCUGCAGAGACCUGGUGGUCAGAGACUGCAGAUGAUGCGUGGUCCCCCGAUAGCACCACCUCUACCACGGCCACCUCCACCUCCUCCCAUGAUGCUGUCUCCUUCCUUGCAGGCCCAGACACCUCAGGGUCCUUCUCAACCCAUCCAACACAUGGCUGCUGUACCUCAGGUUGGUGAUAUGGUCUCGAUGUUGUCAACCCCAACCACAAGACAGGGAGCCCCACCUCCAGUCAAACCGACGCCAUCUAUUAUCCAGGCAGCACCAACUGUAUACUCUGCUCCUCCUGCCCCUGCUGGAUAUAAAAGAAUUGAUGUUAGAGCUCAGAGACAAGCCAGAAUGGAGGAAUUGGCAGCACGGGUUGCAGAACAGCAGACAGCAGUGAUGGCAGCAGGUCUACUCGACAAGAAAGAGAGUGAAGACAACAGCACUGUCAUUGGACCCAGCAUGCCCGAACCUGAGGUCCCCCACACUGAGCCUCUGGAAAGCACUACAGAGGACAAAAAGAAAACAAAGGUGGAGAAGGUGAAGAAGUGUAUCCGUACUGCAGCAGGGAGCAGCUGGGAGGAUCCUAGUCUGUUGGAGUGGGAUGCAGAUGAUUUCCGUAUAUUCUGCGGUGAUCUUGGUAAUGAGGUCAAUGAUGACAUACUGGCCAGAGCCUUCAGCAGAUACCCAUCUUUCCUCAAAGCUAAGGUGGUGAGAGACAAACGUACAGGAAAGACCAAGGGCUAUGGCUUCGUCAGCUUCAAAGACCCAAACGAUUACGUCAGAGCCAUGAGAGAGAUGAACGGGAAGUACGUUGGCAGUCGUCCCAUCAAACUGAGGAAAAGCAUGUGGAAAGACCGCAACAUCGAAGUGGUUCGAAAGAAACAGAAAGAGAAGAAGAAGCUGGGCCUAAGAUAAUGGUUAUACAAGUGGGACUGUCCACUUUGAGCUCACAAGUGGACAGGUACUGCUGUGAGAACGCGAGUCUUAGUUUGAUCUGUCCACUCAGAGAUGGAGAUUGUACAGGUGUUGUCUUUUUUUCUUAUGCAAAUAAAACCAUAAUUUUAAAGUUA